AAUGACAGCAGAGUGAGAACUCACAGCGUCCUUUUCUCAGGUUUUAUGUGUCAUGUCGGUGACUAUCCGUUAUGUUUCCGCUUGUUAUAAUUUCAGAAGCUCUGUGAGGAGGUUAUUAGUGGCUGACCAUCGUUUGUUCCAGUCUGUGAGAAGACGAGCACCUGCCAGCAAACAUUACAGUUUAUCUUUUUAUGCAACAGGGUCCAUGAUGAGGAAGAAGCUGCUGGUGGAUGUCGAUUGUGGGGUGGAUGACGCUCAGGCCAUCAUGAUGGCGUUGGCUGCCCCUAACGUGGAACUCCUGGGCAUCACCUGCGUGCACGGAAACACCCAAGUGGACAACGUGUGCAAGAACACACUACGAGUUCUGCAAACCUGCGGUAGACUGGAGGUUCCAGUGUUUAAAGGGGCUGAUAAGCCCAUCCUUGGGAACUGCAUUAAUGCAGGAAAAUUCCAUGGGGAGGACGGGCUGGGAGAUGCACCUGACCCCAAUGCUCCUAGUCUGGACCUGAUUCAGAAGGAACAUGCUGUGUUAGCUUUGAUAAGGAUUGUCAAUGAGAACCCUGGGGAGGUAUCUCUGGUUGCCACGGCACCACUUACCAACCUGGCUUUGGCUGUGAGGAUAGAUCCAUCUCUACCGAGCAAACUCAGAGGACUCUACAUCAUGGGAGGCAACACUGAAUCUCGAGGAAACACCACAGUGUGCGGUGAGUUCAAUUUUACUGCUGACCCAGAGGCUGCAUACAUAGUGCUGAAUCACUACCAGUGUCCCACCUACUUAGCCUGCUGGGAGUUUACCUGCUACAGCAAGCUGCCCUGGGAGUUUUGUGACGCCUGGUUGGCACAGGACAGCGAUAAAGCUCGCUUCAUGGCACAGAUCUUCCGCUACAGCAUGGAGAUAUCACAAACCGACCACUUCCAGAAAGAGUUCAUCACCGGGACAGGUUUCAUUUCCUGUGACUCGUACGCCAUGGCAGCCGCCAUAGACGACUCAUUCAUCACAGAAAGUGACCAUUAUCCAGUAAACGUAGAGCUAACGGGCACACACACGAGAGGCAUGAUGAUAGUGGAUACUGUGGGCUUCAUGAAGAAGGCUCACAAGGCUUUUAUCAUGAAGAAGGUGGAUCUGGAGAAAUUCAAGCAGAUGAUGAUGGCUGCUUUGAAAUAACACCUUUGAAAAUAAUAAGUGGGGUUGGGAGGUCACUGUUUCCGUCCAAAUAUUUCAUAAAAACAACUUAAGAAACUA